CACAGUCAUUCCACAGCCUAAUAACACGUUCCUUCAUUCGCCGAUGCUUUAAACCGCGAGCGGACCAAUCGCGAAGGGCCGUCGCGCACUCUGUUCUGACGUAACUCCCAACAACACGGCUCAGUGCGCGUGCGCGGUCUGAGUCAAACAAGAGUUCUGCCUUAAGAUGGCGGCGGGGGCUUCAGAUCUGUUGGACGAUGUGUUCUUCUCAGACGUGGAUGAGAAAGUGGUGAGUGACUUAGUAGGGUCCUUGGAGUCCCAGUUGUCGGCUCCGGGCCCCAACGCGUCGGAACAGGCCGGAAUAAGGGCGCAGGUGGUGAAUAAUCACGUGGAAAACACACCCGGGAUGGUGAGCAAUAAUGUUGAGCUGCAAACAGCAGAGAACAAAAUGGGACUGGCAGGAGCAGAGCUUUCCACCGCAGCCAAAAUCAAAGUGGAGGAGAGCUCCGAAGGGAAAAGCGUACAGAUUAAUUCUCAGAAUGCAUUCGGCGGCGGGGGUUUGCCCUGCACGACGGCGGGGAGUGGGGCACAGCAAAGUCCUGUUAUCAAUAAUGCAAGGUCCCAGGCUCCAGGAGUGGAACAAGAGCAGAGUACAGCGGCGGCAGCAGUGACAGGAUCAUCAGCAGAAACAUCGGCUUCAGGCAACAUCGGUCAAGGGAAAUCCGUGGUAAUAAGUGCAAUGGCAACCCCAGUGUCCAAUCAUGUGAAAACUGUCACCUCCAAUGUCCAAACUCUUAAUGGGAAUAAUGGAAUGGUGAUAAACUCUCACAAUGCAGGAAAUGCCACCACUUUCACUUAUUCUGCAGCAGCAACUACCUUACCGGCCGUUACGAUGGUUAAUAAUGGACCUGGAUCUGUUGUAAAAAACACGAUUAAUACAGGGUCGCCUGCAGCAUCUAUGCCGGCAUCUAGUUCUGCUUACACUGUUAUUCAGACGUCUUUUGUCAGUACGCAGAAUGUUCCUUCGACUGUCGUUUCCUCACAGGCAGCAGGACCCACAGUGACAUUGGUGAGACCACCAACUCACAGUGGCCCAGUUCUGUCAGUUGCAUCGACGCCGAACGGUAGUAGUACUAUAUUGAACUCAACGGUUAAUGUAACUAACUUGCCGGCUCCUGCUGCCACUGGGGCUCCUCAUCAGACUUCACUUCUGACUUUAAAUAGUCAACCUUCGAGUUUGUCAAGCAACGUUACUUUGAAUGCUGGUGGACAGGUUGUCAAAUCCGACUUCCAGCCCAAAACUAUUAUACAGCCACCACAGCAGACACUCAGUUCUGGAAUAUUGACAUCAACAACUGGUAGUGCUACAUCCAGUGUAAACAAUCAGUCAAAUACAAGUACUAUGGUAAUAGGUCAGACUAUACAAAGUGGGCUUCAGAAUGUGGCAUCGAAUCCUGGUGGAAUUUCCACUCAGUCGGCUGGAAUGGGUAAAGGAAUCAUUAAUACAGUUGCCCAAACUCUAACAAGGACAGCAGCAGUGAGCACUGGCCCAAGGACAACUAUAACACCACAAGUUAUAGCUCCCCGGCUCCCUCAACCUCCACAGCAUCAGCCAAACAUUCAAAAUAUUCAAAUUCCCCCAGGAAUGGUCCUUGUUCGGAGCGAGAGCGGGCAGUUGAUAUUGAUUCCUCAGCAAGCUCUUCAGCAGAUGCAGUCACAAGCUCAGUCUCAAGGGACACUCACUUCACGAUCUGCCACACCUACAAGUGCUCCUCCAGUUCAGAUUUCAACUGUACAGGCACCAGGAACACAAAUAAUUGCACGGCAAGUAACACCUACAAUCAUCAAACCAGUUUCCCAGACACAGACGGCAGUGCAAGUGACAACAGCACUUCAGCGACCUCCUACUGUACAGUCCCAGAUUGUAAUAAGCGGAGCAACAUCUACAGCAACAACAGUCCAACCAGGAACACAACAGAGAACUGUGCAGACAUUGACAGCAGCCACAGCUGCUCCAACCUCGCAGAUAUUGCAGCCCACAGCUUCAGCGGAAACAAUGGAAAAUGUGAAAAAAUGCAAAAACUUUCUGUCUACAUUGAUCAAAUUGGCUUCAAGUGGUAAACAGUCAACUGAAACAGCUGCCAACGUCAAAGAACUGGUGCAAAACCUUUUGGAUGGAAAAAUUGACGCAGAAGACUUUACAAGCCGAUUAUAUAGAGAGCUCAAUUCAUCACCUCAGCCAUAUCUUGUGCCUUUCCUGAAGCGGAGUUUGCCAGCCUUGCGCCAACUCACUCAAGACUCGCAGGCUUUUAUUCAGCAAAGUCAACAACAAUCCUCAACUCAGACCACAACAGCGUUGACAGCGGUGGUACUAGGAAACACCGUUCAGCAGCGACCUGUUGUGCGAACAACUAGUUCUACAGCUACAGUAACCAGCACUCUCCAACAUCCGGUGUUAAGUUUAGCACAAACUGGACAGUCAGUGCAAGCUGGCAAGGUUUUUCAACAACAGCAAAGUACACUGGCCAGACCGCAGGUAACACUCACCCAAACGCCCAUGGUAACCCUUAGACAACCUCAGAAUCGCAUCAUGCUAACAGCACCUUCACAAGUACAGUUGAAACAACUUCAGACGGUUCCUGUUAUGAAACAGACGGUGGUGCCAGGAAGUAAAGCUGGUUUGACUUAUUCUGUCCAGACUUCAGUUGUUCAAAAAAACAAGCUUAAGGAAGCAGCGGCGGCGGCAGCAGCAGCAGCAGGUGGUGGUUCAUUCAGGGAUGAUGAUGACAUUAAUGAUGUGGCAUCCAUGGCUGGAGUUAACCUCUCUGAAGAAAGUGCACGGAUUUUGGCAACAAAUUCAGAAUUAGUGGGCACCCUGACAAGAUCAUGUAAAGAUGAAGCAUUCCUGUUUGCGGCUCCAUUGCAUAGAAGAAUGCUGGAAAUAGGCAAGAAACAUGGAAUUACCGACGUUCAUCCCGAUGUAGUAAAUUUUGUAUCGCAUGCCACCCAACAGAGAUUACAAACCCUUGUAGAAAAAAUAUCUGAAGUUGCACAGCAGAGAAACAUCACAUAUAAGGAGGACGACAGGUACGAGCAGUUAAGUGACGUAAGGACACAGCUCAAGUUUUUUGAACAACUUGAUCAAAUAGAAAAACAGAGAAAAGAUGAACAAGAAAGGGAAAUUCUAAUGCGAGCAGCAAAGUCACGCUCCAGACAAGAGGACCCUGAACAACUUAGGCUAAAACAAAAGGCCAAAGAGAUGCAACAACAGGAACUGGCUCAAAUGAGACAGAGAGAAGCCAAUUUAACUGCUUUAGCUGCCAUUGGUCCUAGAAAGAAACGGAAGGUUGAUUCGCCAGGACCAGGAAUUGGAGCUGGGGCAGAGGGACCUAGUACGGGCGGGACACCAGGUGGCUCUGGAGUUGGAACAACCAGACAGUUCGCACGGCAACGAAUAACAAGAGUCAACCUCAGGGACCUCAUCUUCUGCUUGGAGAAUGAGCGCGAGACAAGCCAUUCACUUAUGCUGUACCGUGCAUUCCUUAAAUAAACAUCCUAGGUUGAUUUCGCUUUUCAUUUGACCGAGACAACCUUCCGCCAUUUCUUUUUCUUUGCAUUUUUCUGGGAAAGGAGGGGAGGGAGAAAGAAAGAGUCGGAGAACAGCUGGAAUACUGCGAGCAGGGGAACGUUUUGGAAGUUCAGCUGCACAUUAUCUCGUCUGUUUUUAAAAUUUUGAAUUUUAUUUAGAAAAGAAUACAGUGAGACCUGUGGAUACUUUAUUUAUAAAAUAAAAAAAUCUUAUCACUUCUCGUCUCCUGACUGAGUGGCCUUCUUGCCAAACAAGCCAUAUUUUAAAAACUGAUUCUGAUUUCACCAGUGUAUAAUUUGCCAUCUUUCUGGCAGAUGCGUAGCAACUUGAAACAUUUUAAGUAUUCGUUUUUGAAUCAUUUGGCUUAGAAGACGUUGAAUUACAUCAGUCUGAAGCUAAUGACCUUGCAUUAUUUUACCUUCAAGGGCAUGGAGCAAAAAAAAUGAUUUUCAUAUUUUUCUGAUUUAUCAUUAUUUCUGUUCCUUUGCUGUAUUUUAUUUCCUCAAGUUAGCCUUUGUAAAUGUAUGGUUUGUGAAGAGUUAGGAGCAGUUUAUUCAGUGAUAACUCUACAGUUCUCACCAUGUGAUUUGCAUGUCAGAAGGUUUCUCUGGAAGCCUUCAAGAAGGAUUUUUUUUUGUGAAUGUUGUUGGGCAUUUGUAAAAAUAAAAAUGCUUUUUUUUAUUUGAUACAAUACAUGAUGCCGUAAAGGAUUUAAAAAUAACUUUUCUGCAUAAAUAUACACUUGCACUGUGUUGGCUAUCUAGCUAAUGUAAAACUUUAGUUAAAAACAUUUAAGAAAUGGUGAAUUGUGAAAAGGAUUGUUGCCUGGUAUGAAUCACGUGUAGAAAACAAUUUGCUGGUGUCUAUCAGUGAGCUAAUAAUUUGUACAUAAUUUUGGCACAUAACAAAUUGCUAUGUAAACCGUAAUUAUUUUGGUAAAAAGACUGUAUGCAAGCAAUGGGCCUACUUAAUGGUAACCGGAGCAAUGUCCCUUCUUUGUAUCUAUUUUUUUAUAAAAAAAUACUAAAUUUUUCUUUAUAUUUUCAGAGGUUAUUGUAUUAAAUGAUUGUCUAUCGAUAGGACAUUAUGAUUGUAAAUACUUUUGCUUUCUUUGUGUGUAAUUUUAUGUUGUUAAAAGAAACAUUUAAGAUGCUAUUAAGCUGAUGAGUUGUGUGUGUAAACUGAAAAUUAAUCAGUAUUUUUACCAAUGCCUGAAAACUGUUACGCCCUUGGUCUUUUACAAAUCCCGUCUUUCCAUUUUUCAUGUAAAUUUUGCACAGUUACUUGUUAAUAUUGUAAAUAUUUUACUUUCAAAAAAGGAAGUUUUUAAUUACUAUUGUUUUAUAUAGGAUUGAAAGAGAAUUAACUCCUUUAUUAAAACAAUGAAUUUAUCUGUAUUUUGAUUACUGUCUUAACCUUAACCGUUUAAAAAUAGGGAGGAUCAGGGAAACUAAAUAUCAGCAGUAAGUUUAAAUGUCACGUCUUAGUUUGGGGGGAGAAAAAUAGUGAAAACAGCUUGAGUUCUGCCUUACAAUCCCACAUUAUUUUAGGGUUUUUCUGUGCCUUGCCAAGUAAGUACAAUUGUUUCUGUGGGUUUUGUACUUACAAUCUUAAAUUUGCAAAAAAGUGAUCAGCAAUCCAACCCUUUAUUUUUUAUAUUUAGCCCAAAGUCAAUAUAGGAAAGAGGCCAAAAGCAAUUUGGUUAUUAAUCUUAACUGUGUGGGAAAGCCAUAAUUAGACUAUAAUUUUAACAGAAUUGCAGCAAAAUGGCUCCGUUAUUCCACCUGGAGGGAUAUUUAUUCAGCUCGUAAUUAUGUCUUUGUGAUACCAAUUUUCUGUAUAAUUUAAGGUAUUCAAUGAUCUUUAUUCUAAAUAGCCAGGUGUUCUUUAAAAACAAAAGCAAAGUUGAACAGUCCAACCCCAAGAAUAAGGCAUUUACCAACAACUGACAAUACAAAGUAAACUUAAUUUCAAGAGUGGAUUGUAAGCUCAACAAAUAAAUGAAGAUGCAGCCUUGUAAAUUCUGAUAAUUACAGCAUCUUUAGACAAGUUCUUUGACAAAAUAGGAAAUGCAUAAUUUCUGUACUGAGAUUGAUUUUUGCCUUCAAUCUCAAUGUGGCACUACAUAGUGACCACAUUUUCUGGCUUUAAGACCUGUUCUUGUCUUUGACCACUAGCCAGCUAUUUGCCUUCCAUCAGAGCAGUGCUCGAAUCUGAAUCAUCUGGACUGAAUGACAAUAAUUAAUUGCGAGAUCGGUGGAAUUUGGAGCAUUGGUUUAAAAUUCUUGAAUUUGAUCCCUGUGAUCUUAUGUGGAGAUUCCACGUCAGCACACAAAUCUCGUGCUUUCGACUGAACUAGAGAUACAAGAUGAAAUUCCAGCAUGGCAACUAAGGAAUUUAAAUUUGGUAAUUAAGUGAAUAUGGGCUAAAAUAAGACAAUGAUAAUCUUGCACCUGUCAAGCUGCUGCAGUAACCUUUCUGGAUUACUGAUGGCUUUGAUAGAAGGGACCUUACCCACUUUAUGAAAGAAAAACUGAUCCAUAGUCCAUAGCACUGUAGACCUGUAGUACACCGUAGCUGCACUAAAUUGUCGAACGAGGUUCAUCAUCACUCUGUUUUUACUGCAAUUAUGGAUGGACGAACAAUUGCCCUUAGUGACAACCAUCCUCCCCGUCAAUAAAGUUUUCAAAUACUCCUGUGUACCCCCCAGAAGCCAAGUGC